AUGCAACUUCCAGGAUUCUGCUGGAUGCUUACGGGAGUGUGCUUCUCUCAGAAUAAUCCAUACCAAAACUUAGUCCUAAAUUCUCCUCCACCACCACUUUCACAACUCUAUCAAGCUUCCGCCACAAUGCUAGUAGGUGCUUGUAUUGGUGGUCCGCAAUCAUGGGUCCCACCACCGUCGUCGAAAAAUUCGUCUGAAAAUUGCACAGUCGCUGUGUUCGAAGAUGAGCCUGCUGGUUUUGAUUCUAUGUGUUUAUGGAUGAUUGGUGACCAUAGAAAGGGACGUCUUAAUGUGUAUAAUUCACUGGAAUAUGGGUUUGAGGUAGGGGAGAGUGAGGUGAGGCUGGUGGUGGUGGAGUCCGAUAGGAGUGGUGGCCGGAAGCAUAGGACUACUCGAUCUAGAGCCGAUUCACUUUUACACCUUUAUAUGAAAAGAUCGUGCAACAAUCAAUUUGAGGGCAUUCCUAUUAAAGCCUAUAUUGACCAAAUCAAGCAAGGUGAUAUUAGUCUUAAAAAGGUCUAUCGAUGUGUGUUGCUAAUACUGUUUUACUUUAAGAAUAUCGGAAAGGUGAAUGUCCAGCUAAUCCUGGUGGUCCAGGGAUCAAUAUCUGUUAGCAUGUCUAUAUAUCAAACACUCUUCUGUUUCAUCUGUACUCAUCUCACGUCAGGUGAGAAGGAUGCCAAUGUAGCCAAAAGAAUCAUUGAUGUCCAAGAAAUACAUAGACGGACGCACUUUAAUUCACUUUCUAGUUUUGGACUUCCUAAAAGCAUCCAUGACCAUGAGAAGAUAAUCUGGCUUGGGGAUCUAAAUUAUCGUAUUAAUUUGUCAUAUGAGAAAACAAGAGAGCUAAUUUUGAAGGAGGACUGGGCUAAGUUAGGUGAGCAUGAUCAGCUCAUCAGAGAGCUUACGAAAGGUCGGGCAUUUUAUGGAUGGUCUGAAGGUACUUUGAACUUUGCUCCAACUUACAAAUAUCAGACAAAUUCAGAUACAUACUGUGGGGAGGAUUCAAGGACUGGGAGGCGCACUCCAGCAUGGUGUGAUCGCAUUCUUUCUUUUGGGAAGGGAAUGAAGCUACUAAGCUAUACGAGAAGUGAACUUAGGCUAUCUAAUCGUCGACCUGUGACUGCCUCUUUUAUGGUGGAAGUUGAAAUAUUUUCUCCAAGGAAGUUACAACGGGCACUCAUUUUCACUGAUGCAGAAAUUGCAGAAGAAGACAUUGAAUUAGAUGGAAAUUGGUCGUGAUUUGAGCUGGUGUACUUAGUAUGGGUGAGUACUGUUUGCUGUGCGAUAUGACGUCAGACAAAAAAAAAUCAUAGCAUGUUUGUAAGGUGAAUUAGAUAGCAUUAAACAGUAUGAAGAAAGAAAAAAUAAGCUAAAAUGUUAUUCGUUGUGUUUUCUAGUUGGUGAUUAUCAAGUGUAGCCGAUGAUCAUUUAGAAUCAAGCCCUGAAAUUGAAGAUAAGUCUUAGUUGGCUUUUGUGCAUCACUAUUACUUAACUACUCUUCGGAAUAUUUGUAUUCUGCAU